AUGGCCGGGAAUCGGCAGCCCCCCAGGCAAGCAGCUGGGGACCCUGAGAGUGAAAGAGGGGCUCCAGGGGCCCUGAGGGCGAUGGCUAGCGCUGGGCGUCUGCUGCUGCUGCUGCUCUGCUUGCUACCCGUGGCCCCGGUGCUGACAAUCAAGAAGUACCAGCAUCUGUCACAUAAGCGCAUCGGAGAGCCCUGUGAGACACACAGUGAAUGCCAGAGCGACUGCUGUGUCACCAACAGCCUGAACCCUCAGAAGUUCUGCACCGCCCAGACCGUAUUCCAGCAGUGCCUGUCCUGGAAGAAGCCAAAUGGGUACAUCUGCAAGGACCACUUGGAGUGCCAGAGCAAAUGUUGUGUCGUCAACAAUUAUGGGGUGCAGACGUACUGCAAAGCCAAGACCAUCUUCCUGCAGUGCUUGCCCUGGCGCAAGCCCAACUGGGACUACUGCGACUACCACAGCGAGUGCCGCAGCAAGUGCUGCAUCCGGCUGAACGAGCUCAGCCCCAACCGCUGCGUCCCCCAGAGCGGCAUCCUGCUCCAGUGCCUGCCCUGGCAGCCCCUGUCGGCGCCUCGCCAGCGGAAAGGUUCCGAGGAACGUGGUUGCAGCGGCGCCGGCACCACCCAGGGCCGCCAGAGGGCGCUGUGGGCCGCCAGUCGACCAGGCUCCCAGGGAGCCGGCAGGAAACGGCGGAGACCCGGUUCCUCGGCCUCCAGAAAAGCCUGGUCCUCUCCUGGCCGGCGCUUCUCGGCUAACAUGGAAAACGUGGUGUCCGGGGCUUGA